CUUCCUUGUUGUGUCAGUACAAGGCGUCAGUCCAAUGAGAAGCUAGUCGCGUUCGUGUCCUCUUCCUUAGAAAGUGCCGGGCAGGGACUUUAUUAAAACAACAUCCAAGCUUCGAUCUCGCAAACGGCGCAGAGACACGAUAGCCUUCAAUCUCCCGACCUUCAUUACCAGAAACCCCCCAAUUCAAUUGCCGCGACACCGCUGAGAACAGGCCAGCCCAACCCGGAGUGAUUUCGACUGUUUCGCUGCUCAGCGCAGCAACAACACUGCCCAGCAUGCUCAACCUCUUCAGAGUCGUGGGGGACUUCUCCCAUCUGGGGUCAAUCAUGAUCCUUAUUCACAAGAUGACGCAGCUCAAUAGCUGCUCAGGUAUCUCAUUCAAGUCACAAUGCCUGUACCUGCUUGUCUACAUCACAAGAUAUCUCGACCUCUUUUCAACAUCCAGCAUCUACAACGUCAUCUUCAAGAUCCUCUUUAUCGGCUCACAAAGCUACAUCAUCUACCUGAUGGCCACGGCUUACAAGCCUACCAACGAUCCCAAUGUUGACACUUUCCGUGUUCAGUACCUUCUCGGCGGUGCCUUUGUGAUGGCGAUCCUUUUCCCCUACGCCUGGACUCUGUGGGAGAUUCUCUGGGCCUUCAGCAUCUGGCUCGAGUCUGUCGCUAUCCUUCCUCAGCUUUUCAUGCUCCAGCGUACCGGCGAGGCCGAGACGAUCACGACGCACUAUCUGUUUGCUCUGGGACUGUACCGCGCCCUCUACAUUCCCAACUGGAUCUGGAGGUACUUCACCGAGCCGCAGCACAGCGUCGACUACAUCGCCGUCAUUGCGGGUAUCAUCCAAACCAUUCUGUACAGCGAUUUCUUCUGGAUAUACUACCAGAAGGUGUGGAAGGGCCAAAAGUUCAAGCUGCCUGUAUAAUUCGGGUACGACUAAUCAUCUAGGUGAGAGGUCAGUAGGCUGACUUGGUAUGUCUCGCUGGCCAAUCCCGUGAGUGAGCGGAUGGCCUGGGUCGCUAUCGGUUUGUCGGCAACUCUGACAAGUGUUCGAGGAAUUUCCUUUUGUUUCUUGGACCGCGAGUGUGCGUGUCGUACGAGAUGUACAAUAGACCGAGAAGAAUUGCGUGGCAUCUAUGAUCAACGCAGCAAGGAUCAAUAUUUGAAAAGUCGAGCGUAACCAAAGGGAAUUUUCGUAUAAAUGGCGUUUUGUGGAAAGGGGCAGAUUACUGGGCACAGCUGCGCCACAUUCUUGCUACCAAAGGCAGGUUAGAAGAUCUGGGAAUUUCUAUUUUAGUUUUGCACAUAGUCCGAUGUAUUG